CACAGUUCCCAGUGAGCUUCACAUUCGGUAGUACAUUCAACAAAUCAAAAUGAAACUGUUUGUCAUCGCCGCUUGCAUCGCAGUCGCCUCAGCCGGCCGUCUGGAACACCUCGAGCGUUCCUACCUUCCACCAGACAGCCCCAACUCGCUUUCCGGAGGUUUUAACUCCAAUAGCGGCUCCCAAAAUGGAUUUGGUUCUGGACAUUUAGGAUCCAGCACUCGGGGAUCCCAGGGUUUCAACCAGGACUCGAACGGUUUUGGCCACGGUGGAUCUUCUUUCAACGAUGGCUUCGAUAGCCAGGGAUCCAAUGGCUUUGGGUCACACGGGGGGUCUAAUGGACUAGCCGCGCAUACGCAUGGAACCGGUUUCAAUUCCAACCAAGGUUUUGGCUCCAAUGGUUUCGGCUCUAAUGGCGCUUUGAAUGCCGCUGACUUGAAGCAAUACCUGCCCCCUGACCAGCCCUCAUCUGGUUCUAUCCGUGGAUUCUCUGGAUCUUCCAUCAAACCUGCCUGCUCCACCUGCGGUUUCGCUCGCCAGCAGUACUCCCAGAACCAGUAUAACUCCCAAGUCCCCAGCACCCAAUACGGUCAGCCACAGUUCGGAGCUCUCUCUCAGAGCGGCAACGGUUUUGGAUCAGCACCUCGCAGCUCCUUCGAAGCUAACCGUCAGUACUUGGCGCCCAAAGCCCAGGACAUUCCCCAGCAACCCUUCGACGAGCAGACCGGCUACCAUUACUAAUGUGUUUCGGGAGAAUUGUGUUCAUUAUCAAUUAAAUGAUUGAAUUUUA